AUAUACGUUUGGUUUGAUGCACUAAUGAAUUACCUAACUUUAAGUGGCAUCUUCGAUGACAAGCGAAAUGUGUUAUGGCCUCCAACAUGUCAGAUUAUUGGAAAAGAUAUUUUGAAAUUUCAUGCUGUGAUAUGGCCAGCGCUUUUGCUUGCAUUGGAUUUGCCGCUUCCGAAACGAAUAUUUGUUCAUAGCCAUUGGCUUGUUGAUGGAAGCAAGAUGUCAAAAAGUAUUGGAAAUGUGGUUGAUCCCUUUGCUGCUGCGGAAUUACUGACGGGCGAAGGACUGAGGUAUUUUUUGUUGCGGCAAGGAACUCCAUACAAUGAUGCCAAUUUCAUGAUCCCCAAAGCUGUAAGUGUCAUCAAUACCGAUCUGGUGAAUAACAUUGGCAACUUGCUUCAGCGUUCGUUGAUUGAGAAACUCAAUCCAAGCAAAAUCUACCCGAUCUUUUAUCCCGAUUCAUUCCAAAGUGACUUACGUGAACUUGGCGAGCCGCUGGUCCACUCACUCAACUGCUUGCCAGGUCUUCUUCGAUCUUUCGUUUAUCCACUUCAAAUACUCCAUUUGUUCGCUUGCUUUCAAAAGCGGGAUUUGCUUGACUAA